AUGAGCUCGACUAUGCAUUCUCUGGGUUGCGGAGCCCCAACCCGUCAGAGUUUGAUCGAUGAGACUGACGGAGGCGAAGAGAUCUUCCUUAUGACGACGGUGCGGAAGCAGCGUGUUGGCAUUGCAUGGUGCUCGACGAUAUCGCUUGUGAUACGCUUUUGUGAGAUAGGAGACUCGGCGCCAUUUUCGCAAACCGAGCGCACCCUUCGAGCGAUCGAGCCGAACCUUAUUUUAACCCCCGCAAACGCCAUCGACGAGUUCAGGGCGAUGCUAACGCGGGUAGCGUCACAGGCUGUCCGCGACAUGCACCGCAGCGAAGUCCAGCAAAUCGAAGCUUUCCCCGCUGAAAGACUCACCGCCGUUUCCGGUGGACUGGGCGAUUGCCUCGAACUCGCUGAUGGCGGCGGGCCGCUGGUUCUUCUCGCCGCGGAUGAUGUCGCGCCUCAGCGCAUAGAAGAAACUAUUCGCUGGUGGCAAAAUCCUGUAGACGCCUUCGCUCAGCAUCAAUUGAGCGUAGAUGUAAGCGGGAGCUCGUCUCCGGACCGGCGAGCACCAUUGGAUGAUCAGGGGCCGGUCGGGCAGACCUGCCUAGGGGCGCUGCUGUCGUUUCUAGCGAUGCGCUGUGAUGUUGAUAUCCACACCGUACGCGCAGAGCCCUUUUAUAUGGAGCAAUUAGCUAUAUCGCCGAUGAGUCUUCUGCGAGAACUGAGGGUCCUACCGGCCAAGGUUUCCGCGCCUAGGUCAGGCGCUCGAGUCCAUCAACACGGGCUCACGCUUUACCAGAUCAUUAGCAGCUUCGGGGCCUCGGCGCCCGGACAGAGAAAAAUCCGCGAGAUUCUAACGCAGCCAAUCUGUGACCCUGCGCGCAUUCGAGAGCGUCUCGAAGUGGUUCAGGCCCUGGCCGGCGCCUUGGCCAGCAUCGACAUGAUAUUGUUCAGAAAGCUCCUGAAAGCUGUGCAUCAUCCACAAAAUCUUUGGAGGCGCUUGGUUUCGGGCGCAGCGACUGCGGAAGACUGGGCAGCGCUCCACGGAUGCAACGUGGCAGUCGCGGGGCUCUUUAAUGGAUUCUCCGACUUGGUUCAAAUCGUGUUGCCUGUUUGGCGCGAGAGAAGCGCUUUUCUGCAAGAAAAUGCGCAAGAGUUGACACCCGUGCUCGACCCGGAAUGGUACACAAGCGUCGCGACACGAAUCGGGGCAUGUAUCGACAUGAGUGGAUCCAAGUCGGGCUGGAAUCCAGCCGUCAAGACCGGCUUUGAUGAAAACCUUGAUAAUAUGAGAUUAGCCCUUGAAUCUCUGGACAGUUUUCUCGAGAGCGUGGCUCAAUCGGAGAAGAGCAGGUAUUUUGGGUCGUCCGCCACGGAGCGGUCGAUCUGUGUACAGUUUCAUCCGCGCCUCGGCUAUGUGAUGAAGAUCUCCCGCUCAGACGCUGCCCAGAUGGAAUCCGAUGCCUCUCUGGAGCACGCGCUCGACACCGAUACUGAUGCAUAUGUGAAGAACGACAGAACGCGUCAGCUCGAUGAGGAGCUCGGUGAUCUGCCCGGGGCCAUCAACGACCUCGAGAAGAGCAUCAUUCGAGAUCUCGAGGCCGCCGUGAUACCCACGAUACCAGUGCUUAGUCGCACAUGCGACUUGCUGGCAGAGAUCGACUGUUGGCUCAGCUUCGCCCUCUCUGCGAUGCGCUAUGAGUGGACUUGUCCACAAGUCCUCGGGGCAGAAUCAGCCUGUCACAUCGACGUAAUCGACGCUCGCCACCCGAUUCAAGAGCUCACCGUGGACUCUUUCGUUCCUAACAGUCUCUCUGUUAGGCGCGGGGAUGUCUGUGUCGUCACAGGGCCAAACGCAAGCGGCAAGAGCGUGCUUCUGCGCCAAGUUGCGUUGAUUGUACACAUGGCACAGGUUGGCUCCUACGUGCCGGCGCGUAGCGCCCGAAUCGGCGUGACCGACCGGAUAUUUGCCCGAGUGAAGAGUUUCGAUUCCACCGGCCGCGAGACAUCAACAUUCAUGAACGAUUGCAUCCAAAUGGCGCAGACGCUCAGGUACGCCACUUCCAGGUCGCUCGCUAUUGUUGACGAAUUCGGCAAAGGCACUUCCGAUGAAGACGGAAGGGCACUUGCGGCAGCGGUGCUUUCAGAGUUGGCAACCAACGUCACGGGGCAAAUGACGGUGCUAUUUGCGACCCAUUUCCAUGAGGUGACCGGGACACUCUACGCGCAAGCUCACGCGAACUCGCGGCUGCGCUUCUUCAAACUUGAAGUGCUCGUGCAGGAAAACCGCCAGACCGGUGAUGCUCCAGAUCAGAACGACGACGUGGUCUUGACCGCGCUGUACAAGUUGUCUGAAGGGGCGCCCUGCUUGGACUCCUACGCGCUGGCCUGUGCCCGCGCGAACGGGAUGCCCGACGCCAUCCUCUCCCGUGCACGAAAGAUUCGGCGCUUUCUGCAGGCGCGAGCGCUUCCACCGGAGGCCUCUCUGGAAAGCGCUGCGACGCUCCAGCUCCCUAUACGCGAUGCAUGCCCUGCGAGGCGCUAUGUGCGACUGCAGCAUAUCGUGCGCCAGGUUGGUAUCGUGGCGAGCACCGCUGCAGCUGGUAGUCCCAAUCAAGCCCACGCAACAAGUCCGCGUGUUCUCCAUGCUGUUCAACAGCUGCUUCAGGAUGUCAGCACUGGACGCAUCUGGGCCUGCUCCGAAUCUCGCCCGGGAAAUGUCUAA